GGUGCGCGUCGAGGGCUGUGGGCUCCUCUGGCGCACCAACCUUCCUCAUCCUGCCUUUGGAGCGGCUGGACUGAGCCUUUGCCGCUCCAUUGGCUUGCCUGCCCCUUACCUUCUGAUUGCAUAUGAACUUUUCUUCUGUCUUCUUGGACAACGUUGUCGUCGGAGUCAUCGAGAUCGUCGUGGUGCUCGCGUGAUGGCCUUCGUCCGCUUAGAGUAGUGUAGUUAGUUAGGGACCGCCGGAGAACACUCGAAUAGCGCCGAGAUGUUGGAGGUGAUCAGUUACUAAGCUGGAGUAGCACAGUGGAUAAAACAAGCCAAACCUAUCCGGGGGGCGCCCGGUCGCCCAAAGGAGGUCGACGACUCGCUGGCGCUUCCCUUCGCGCCGAGCUCCAUCCAUCCCUCCCUCCGCCUAGGCGGGAGGUUGCGGCGCGCAGCACAGCGCAGCGCUCUGACUGCCGCGGGCUCCGCUGGCCGAUUGCAGCCGGGUCCGUUUCUCGUCUAGCUGCCGCCGCGGCGACCGAGCCAUUCUCUUCCUCCCGGAUGCUUGUGGAUUUCGUCCAAUAUCCAUGAGCGUCUAUAGGCCAACCAUCAACAUCCUUCAAAAAUAAUUGAAAGAAGGCAUUAUGAAUCCAGUCUUCUAACUUCCUCUUAUCAAUUUAAACUUUGGUUGCUUAAUGCUAACGCAAUCAUGGUGAACCUGAUGCAACCAGUUCAAUCACUCUUUGUGCAUCUAAUUGGCCUAUUGGUUUGGCAAUGUGAGAUCGCUGUGAACCCAGUUGCAUCUAUAGUAACUGACAUAUUCAACACCUCUGAUGAUGGACGCUUCAGAUUCCCAGACGGGGUACAAAAUUGGCCAGCACUUUCAAUUGUCAUUAUAAUAAUCUUGACAAUAUGUGGCAACAUUCUUGUUAUCAUGGCAGUGUCCUUUGAAAAGAAACUGCACAAUGCCACCAAUUACUUUUUAAUGUCCCUAGCCAUCGCUGAUAUGUUGGUGGGACUACUUGUCAUGCCGAUAUCUCUGAUAGUUAUUCUUUAUGAUUAUAUCUGGCCAUUUCCUAGACACCUGUGCCCCGUCUGGAUAUCUCUAGAUGUUUUAUUCUCUACGGCGUCCAUCAUGCACCUUUGCGCUAUUUCGCUGGAUCGGUAUGUAGCAAUACGUAAUCCUAUUGAGCAUAGCCGCUUCAAUUCGCGGACUAAGGCCAUCAUGAAGAUUGCUAUCGUUUGGGCAAUUUCACUAGGUGUUGCAAUUCCAAUCCCAGUGCUUGGGAUGAAAGACGAAAAUAAAGUGUUCAUCAAUGGCACCGUCUGUGGGCUGAAUGAACCAAAUUUCGUUCUGAUUGGGUCCUUUGUAGCUUUCUUCAUACCGCUGACAAUCAUGGUUUUUACCUACUUUCUGACGAUUUACACUCUUCACCGACAAGCUAUGGUGUUACUGCGCAGCCACACAGAGAACUUGUCAAAAAUGGGCUGGAAUUUCCUGAAGUGCUUUUGGAGGAAUACCACCGAGGAAGACGACUCUGCGAACCCCAAUCAAGAUGUGAACCCACGCCGAAGGAAGAAGAAAGAAAAACGUCCUAGGGGCACCAUGCAAGCGAUAAACAAUGAGCGGAAAGCAUCAAAAGUCCUUGGCAUUGUUUUCUUUGCGUUUCUGAUCAUGUGGUGCCCAUUUUUUAUCACCAAUAUUCUGUCCGUUCUUUGUGAGAAGAGCUGUAAUCAAAAGCUCAUGGGAAAGCUUCUGAAUGUGUUUGUUUGGAUUGGCUAUGUUUGUUCAGGUAUCAAUCCUCUGGUUUACACUCUUUUCAAUAAAAUUUACCGAAGGGCUUUCUCCAACUAUUUGCGUUGUAAUUACAAACAAGAAAAAAAGGUACCCGUCAGACAGAUUCCAAGAGUUGCUGCCACUGCCUUGUCAGGGAGGGAGCUUAAUGUUAACAUUUACAGGCAUACUAAUGAACCCAUGAUUAAGAAAGCAAAUGACAAUGAACCUGGUAUAGAGAUGCAAGUUGAGAAUUUGGAGCUGCCAGUUAAUCCUGCCAAUGUGGUUAGUGAAAGAAUAAGUAGUGUGUAAGAAAAAGCAGCACAGCCUUUUCCUACAAUCAUGCUAAAAAUGUAGGAAAAUGUUUAACAAUAUUCUCUCGGUCAUAACUUCUGUAAAUACCGCUAUCUACAAAAAAGUGUUUUAUAUAUAGCUUUGCAACUCUGUAUUUUACAGUCAUGCAUAUACUAGUGAGAUUUAGAGUUCUAUAUUUACUGUUUAUAAUAGAUUAUAACUUAUUUUGAUUCCUAAAUGCAUGAAAAUGUUGAUUUUUUAAAAAAAAAAUUUUCCUUCCUCCUCCUUUCUCUUUUUUGUGCAUAAGGAAAUAUUGAUAUUUAUCUCAGGUGGCAUUUGCAGGAGACCAGAAUGAUGCACAUAAGAGUGGUUAUAUUUCAACCACACCAAAUUUUACUAAUUUAAUUGGGUCUUUUUCCAGGUUAACAGUAAAUAUACACUUUAAAUUCUUGCUCUGUUCAUUUGCACACAUAAACGCAGUAUAAACACACAUAAACAAAGUUCUGCCUUCUGAAACUCUUAUCAAACUCUUAUCACACCUGUUAGUGAGUCAAAAGCAGAACUUAACCUUGUUGUCACAUACAGGGGCAAACUUUGACAUUGUCAGAAUGUUGUGUUGGUAUUUUGCUACAAUGUCUGUCCCGAAACAUAGUGGUAUUUUAACAUAGCAGCUGGUUAACCAGGACUACAGAAGUGGAAGGAUGAUACGAGAUAUAUACACCAAAAGCUUUUCACUUCUUAAAGACAAUGUUCAAAUUCUGAUUAUAAUGACAAGAAAACUGGAAUUAGUGUUUUCAUUCUGGUCCUUAGUAAAUACCUAAUUCCAUGACUUAACUGGGAAAAUGAGGUCCCAGAGUUAUUUCCCAAUACAGGAUUCAACAUGAAUUGGGCUCUGAUCUCAGGAUCCUGGAAAUUCGUGUGCUACACACAAAGUGAAAUUAGCAUUUCGAGCCUUAUUAAAAAACAUUUUCUUGAUUAUUGUACCUCUAUCUAUAGGACCUGUUUUAGCAGUCCAUUUUUAAGUAAAACUUGUGUUGAGAGCAUAGAUAAUCAAAAUCUUGGAAGCUUUACUUGAUUAGGGACUACAGAACUAGGCCCUUAGAAUGUGAAAAAAAAAAGUAAUUAAAAAGAAACUAUUUCUGAACUCUGGGUAUAACAGUAAACAGAGUUUUCUUCUAGAUUUUAAACAAAAAAUUAUUUCAUUUUAAGAUCCUUCCAAACUCUCUAGUGCAGGGAAAGGCUGCAGCUAAUUUGUGAAAGUGGCAAGCUCUAUAUUGUACUGCAAAUACGUACUAGAAGUUUAAAUCCUUGUUAAAAUAUAUUGUCGUGUUACAAUAAGUGUUGGCCAUUAUUUCAUUCGAAGGCCUGCUGCUCUCUAAGAAUUCAGUACCAUUUUACUAGUUUGUAAACCAUGAAAGGUUUUCAAGCAUUACUAACGUCAGACCAUUACCUCUAUGCUGUGUGCAGAGUAUACAAGUGUUUCUAAUAACUGUAUCUCCAUGUGUGUCCAUUUCACACAACUGUGAAUAUAUUUCUGAAGAAUUCACGAUGCUAUUUAUGCCUGACAGCUACUUAAAACCUUUAUGUGUGCUUCUCAAUAUCUUGAAAUUGGCAAAAGCAGAACCUGAGUUUCUAAAACCGCUGAUGUAUGUUCUCAACACACAUUAUUGAUAAAUCCAACAGUCUGCUACAGAGGCAGUUGGGGAGGCACUGUAUUUGAGGAAAUUAAUACAGUCUCUACUUAAUCUGCAACACUGCCAAAUGUCAGGCACUUGCUUGAGCAUGCCCAAUUAUAACGUGAAAGUCAAGUCUACCUGCCCAUUAGCUCUGUUGAAUUGCAUGUUAAAAAAUUAUAUGAAAUUGAAUGAGAUGAUGUAAUUCUUACUGAAAUGAACAUGUCUGAAGAAACAAAGCAUGCAUGGAGCAUCAGUUCUGGACAUACAGAUGGUGUCCUGCAUGUACACCACAUAUGUUGCAUGAAUCCAUGGAUUUGUAUUAAUGUAGGGCAGAGUAGGUGAUUUUUAAAAGGACUGAAGAAAACCCUGCAGGAGAUCUUUAAAAGAUUUGAAGUAUUGUAAGUAUUAGAGAUAAUUGGAAACAUCUGAUUUGUUUUCUAUUGGGGCAAGCUCAUAGCACAUGUUUUACACAGAAAUAAAAUACACACCAUGGAUUUUCAAAUGCGCUAGCCAUAAGUUGAAUGAUAAUAGCUUAUAGCACAUUUGUUAAUAGUUCUUGUGUCAUCAAGUUGUAGUACUUAAUAAUACCCAAUGCAGUAAUGAUCCUCAAAUUGUGUGCUACUCGUAAGUUCUGUGCAGUUUAAUAUAAACAAACAUUCAUUUGGAUAUAAAUCUUACAGUUCGAUGUUAAAUCUACAAAUUUUAUAAAUGUUUUAAAAACAAAGUUCACAUGAUAAAUGCAAAUGUGGUGAAUUUACUGUUAAACAGAUAAUUUUGAUGUACUAUUAUACAUAUAUAUAUACAUAUAUAUACAUAUGUUUAAGACAUGUGCAACAAACUGCCUUAUAUUAUUUCCUGUGACUCUCCUUUGUCAUAUGGUACUUUUUGUGAGUGGUUGCAAAGUGUUGUCUUAUUUUUGGUUCCUGUGUCUUCUCCACUCCAUGUUUUUGUGAUAUUUCCCAUUAAUUUAUUAAACUUAUUAAAUGUU